CUAUGACUAGUAGUAGCAGCAGUAGUGCAGAGCCUCCAAGAAAAAAAAGACGCCGAAACGACGAAAGUUAUAACGCGCAGCGACAAGAACAAAUUUCGCGAGCAACAGCCUACAUGAUAUCUGCAAAUGGGCUUCCAAUUUCAUUCGUGGAAAGCAUUGGAUUUAAGCAUUUUAUGUCUGUUGUUGAACCCAAUUAUAAAGUUCCAGUAGCUUCAACUAUUUUGUCCCGUUUACAAUUUUUGUACAAUCAGGUUCAUGAUAAAAUUAAAAAUGCGAUCGGUCCUGUUUCUUUUGUAGCUUUAACUACAGAUGGUUGGUCAUCCAGGGCGCAAGACUCAUUUAUAUCGGUUACCCUGCACUAUGUUAAUGAUGACUGGGAGCUAAAAAACUUCACAUUAUGUGCCGAAUACAUGGAAGAAAGGCACACUGCCGAAAAUUUGGCUUUAAUAUUAGAAAUGGUCAUAGCAGAGUGGGACUUACAAGGCAAAGUCAGUGCAGUUGUAACCGAUAAUGCAGCAAAUGUUGUAGCGUCAGUACGUUAUGUUGAAGAAAUUCAAAGUAGUUAUUGCUGCGCAGCACAUACGUUGCAAAUCUGCAUUAAACGCUCUUUGCAAUCAGUACAAGCAUACCAAAUAAUACUAAAAAAAGCAAGCACUUUAGUAAGCCACUUCCACCAUUCUAAUUUGGCUGCUUCUGAAUUAAGUAGGAAACAGUUACAACUAGGCUUAAAAGACCUAAAAUUGAUUCAAAGCUGUCCAACAAGGUGGAGUUCAUCCUACUUCAUGUGUGAAAGGCUGAUUGCAAAUCGUGCAGCUGUUCUUGCGGUUUUGGCUGACAGGACUGUUACAAGUUCCUCAUUGGCCUUGAAAUUGGAAAUAAACGAGAGAGAAUGGACACUAUUAGAAGAACUGACAAGAAUCCUAAAACCAUUCCAGGUUGCAACCACAAUUUUGUGUCAAGAAAAUGUAACCAUUUCCAUUUUAAGGCCAAUUAUUAAUGGGCUCAUAAAUAAACACCUUGUUAUAACCGAUGAUGAUGAUGAGAACACUGUCAGUUUCUUGGAAAUGAUGAAAACUAAUUUACGCCAAAGAUUCAAAAUGGGUGAAGAGAUAGUAAAUGAAGUUCUCACUGAACAAAUCUCAUCGUUUUUAGACCCAAGGCACAAAAACUUAGAAGCCGAGUGUGAAAUCAUGAGAGAUGUUGUAAGGAGUCAUGUUAGGAACCUAAUAAAGGACAUUUCGCCUAACGAGAAUGAACAAAUCGCUAAUGAACAACGAAGUGCCAUGGAUUUUUUGUUAAAAGCAAAAUCAACUAAUGAGCCCUUAAACGAAUUUGAUAGGUAUUUGAGAGAGCCGCAGAUAGACUAUAAUGUUUCUGAGCCGUUGAUGUGGUGGAAAAAUAAUGAAACCAAAUAUCCAAGCUUAGCGCUGCUGGCUAAAAAAAUUUUGUGUAUACCAGCCACAUCGGUGUCAUCAGAACGAUGCUUCUCUGCAGCAGGUAACGUUGUCUCAUCAAAAAGAGCAAGCCUUUUACCCGAAAAUGUAAGUUUAUUGACAUUUUUGAUGAGAAAUCAAAAAUUGUUGCAAAUAAGUGAUAAUUAAAUGUAUUCUUGUAAUUAGUAUCUUGUUGAACAUUAUUUUAAUUUCACAACGAAAACCCAUUUUUUUUUUAAUUAUAAAACAUUGAGGUUUCUUGUUUUCGAAUAAUUUUUCAGUUUUUGUGUUAAGUAAUUGAUAUCUUGUUGAACAUUGUUUUAAUUUCACAACGAAAACCCAUUUUUUUUAAUUAUAAAAUAUUGAGGUUUCUUGUUUUCGAAUAAUUUUUCAGUUUUUGUGUUAAGUAUUUUUAAUAUUAGUAUUACACCCAUGACUCAUGAAACUUGGCAAAAAGUUUGCUUUUGGGAUAAG